ACAUACGACGCUAUUAUGGCCGAGCAUGAAGUCACGGGGGGCAAUCAACUCCAAAGUGCCUGGAAUCAGAGAACCGACUCUUUCCGGAAUCGACUCCCAAGUCUAUUAAAGGCUGUCGGGAGCUGCAGCGAGUUCACACCAGUUUUGGGGCCUUUGACCUCAAACAUGGCCUCAUUGCAGCCUGCCAUCGUCCUGCUCCUGCUUCUGACUCUUGCUUGCGGGCUGAGGCAGGGCAGUGUGAUGAUUGAGACCCUGAAUUCAGAGCAGGCCAUCGACCCAAGCGAAGGCACCUUAGAUGAAGGAGGCGCAGAGCAGCAGGAUGGCUCGGCAGAAGGCCAGAGAUACUUGGUGUUUUGUGGUGAAAAUGCUAUGGCGGUAGUUUUGCCCCCAGGCUCUCUCUCUGAGAUGCAGGUCUUUGAUUCAUCAGGAAUGUAUCCUGUCUUCGGCCUUCCAGAGGCCUGUGACUACUCUCUAACCAGGGAAAACGGGAGGGUUGUUCUUCACAUCCACUUUGCUGGCUGUCCUGUCACUGUUGAGGAGGGCAGCUACACUCUGAGAUUCCUGUAUCGUAACAGCGCUGGGCAGCUUGAGAUCGUCACAGUGUCCUGCAGUAACUCCAGUCACGCGCCCUCUUCAAAAACGCGAUCUUCACGCCAUCCUGUUCUGUCCUACCCUGCUGUCAAGAUAUCCCCUCCCCAAGCAGUGCAGCUGUACUUUCCCUAUGGGGAGCCAGUGUCCGUUCCCCAACCUGAUCCACUGCCACUGGCAACACUGACCGCUUCCCCAUUGGAUCUGCUGUUCUUUCCUGAAUUUGAUCCGCUGUUCCCUGCACCAGGGGUUCCACUGCCGGCUUUCCAAUGGGAACAACCGUCUCCUACACCAACCAGUAUGCAUGUGCCGGCGAUGCCCUCGUCUCUUGGGCGUCGUUCAAAAUGCAAACAACGAGGGGAUCGACUCUCCUCUCCGCGAUUGGACCCACUGUCCUCUCCUGAAUUUGGUCCACUGUCCCCUACACCAGUGGAGCCACUGUCCUCUCCUGAAUUUGGUCCACUGUUCCCUACACCAGGGGAUCGACUCUCCUCUCCCCGAUUGGACCCACUGUCCUCUCCUGAAUUUGGUCCACUGUUCCCUACACCAGGGGAUCGACUCUCCUCUCCCCAAUGGAUGCCACUGUCCCCUACACCAGUGGAGCCACUGUCCUCUCCUGAAUUUGAUCCACUGCUCCCUACACCAGGGGUUCAACCGCCCACUUCCCAAUGGGAGCAACUGUCCCCUACACCAACCAGUAUGCAGGUGACUGCGAUGCCCUCAUCUCUUGCGUUGCAUUCAAACUUCAAAAAAGGCUGCAGCUUUCCUAGUGGUCAGAGAUUGCCGUGUGGUCGUCCUGGGACUACAGCUGCCGAGUGUCUGAGGAGAGGAUGCUGCAGAGACGAGGCGACUUUCGCCUGUUACUACCCCAUGGAUGUAUGUUUGGCCGACAGGCAGUUCAUCUUUGUCGUUCCCUCCAACGUUGCUGGUUUGCCCAUAAACCCUGCACGUCUGAUGGUGGUGGGGAGGAGUAGCUGUAAACCAGUCAUUGCCAACAGAGACUUUGCCGUUUUCAAGUUUGGGGUGACGGAGUGUGGAACACAUUCUUACCAAAUUGGAGAAACAACCGUUUACUUGGCUGAAGUGCAGUCACCAAUCAGGAAGCGCGUCCUGCAGUACGGCAUCAUUACCAGGGAUAUUCCUGUCAGGCUUAUGGUUGAGUGUCGCUACUCAAAGGGCAGUUUGGACCUUGCGGACUCUCCGGUCCUUGCAGACCCUCUGGCGCCGCAGGCUUCUCAAAGCCGUUUGAUGAAGGGCUGGGCUAGUGCUGGAUACAUGGUGAAGAGUGCCAGCCUGCCAGCCUUGGUGAGGGCCAAGGGACUGUAUGGAGUCCAGCUUCGGAUUGCGCAGGAUGAGACCUUCACCAAAUUCUGCUCUGAGGAUCACCAGCCCCUGAAAGUUCUCCUGGGUAAACCUGUGUACCUGGAACUGCGAAUAAACGCUCCCAACCCUAAAGCCACUCUGGUGGUGCACUACUGCGUGGCCUACCCUCGCUCUGCUAAGAGUGCCUUGGUGCUGCUGUAUGAGGGUUGCCCCAACCCUCUCGAUUCCGACAACAUCUCGAUCCUCUACGUGGCCGGCCAAUCGCAGGAUCCCCACGUGCGGCGUUUUGAAGUGAAGGCCUUCCAGUUUAUGGACAAGUCCACCAAUAAAUACCUCAAUGAGGAGAUCUACUUCAUGUGCUCUACCGAGGUCUGUAUGCCGUCCCAGACUCCGUGUAAGGAGACCUGCUUUGAUGGCAAGUCUUCAUCUACCACAGCUGCAGAUGUGUUGAACUCAUAUUCUCAAUUAAAAGUCAAGCACUUUUAAAUUCAA